CAUGACACAAAAUUAAUUCCCUUCCAUUGAAUUCCCGAUUCCAUCAAAAUCAAGAGCCACCAAUUGUUUGUUCCCAAAAAUCAAACAUCAAUUCAAUCAUGGAGAACAACAACAACAAUCAACAACAAUAUCCAACGCCGCAACCCUCGGCGGUCACUCCGGCGGCCCCAUUCCAACACCUCCUUCAACAACAACAACAGCAGCUUCAAAUGUUCUGGUCAUACCAAAGACAAGACAUCGAACACGUCAACGAUUUCAAAAACCACCAACUCCCAUUAGCACGCAUUAAGAAAAUCAUGAAAGCCGAUGAAGAUGUUCGCAUGAUCUCCGCUGAAGCACCUAUCCUUUUCGCUAAAGCUUGUGAGCUUUUCAUUCUCGAACUCACCAUUCGUUCUUGGCUUCACGCUGAAGAGAAUAAACGACGAACCCUACAGAAAAACGACAUCGCUGCUGCUAUUACGAGGACUGAUAUUUUUGAUUUUUUGGUUGAUAUUGUUCCUCGUGAUGAGAUUAAGGAUGAAUCUACCAUUGUUGGUGCUACUGCUAGUGGUGUUCCUUAUUAUUAUCCUCCUAUGGGUCAGCCUGCUGGAAUGAUGAUUGGUCGUCCUGCUGUUGAUCCGGCUACUGGUGUUUAUGUUCAGCCUCCUUCUCAGGCUUGGCAGUCUGUUUGGCAGACUGGUGCUGAUGACUCUUCUUACACUGCUGCCGGAAGUAGUGGUCAGCCCAAUGCCGAUGGCUAGAGCCUAGAGCUGAGUGACAACGCUGCUGAGGAUGGAUUGUCAAGACUUAAAAAGACGCCGCUGGAUUUCUGCAAUGUUGCUUGGAAUUUUUUAUUGCUUGCAAUUUAGAAAUGGUUUUAUUAAUUAAAUUUGUUUUGGAUGACAUCAAGAAUCUGUUACCUUGAUGAUCGACAGCAUGAUUUAACUAUGUAUGUACAAAAUAUUUAAAUUGAACAAUGAUCCUUCUGUGCAAUGUGUGAAACAUGUUUGAUCAUCUGUAUUUCUUCAGAAGUUUCGGAUGAUACUAGCACACGGCAUUUUUUUGGUUAAA